CCGCCCCACGCGCCUCAGGGGCCGCCGCGGGCCAUGCAGUCCUCCCGGGACGAGCCCGACGGCGCCAUGCGGGACCCGAGCGAGGAGCAGCCGCCCGGCUCCGCGCCCCUAGGCGACGCUCUGCUCCCCGGCCCGGGACCCUCCGACGGCCUGGAGGCAUGCGCGGAGAAGGUGGAGGUGAGGCUGGCGGGAGCGGCGAACGGCGAGCCUCCGGAGCCGCCCGAGGGAGGCUGGGGCUGGCUGGUGAUGCUGGCGGCGAUGUGGUGCAACGGGUCGGUGUUCGGCAUCCAGAAUGCGACCGGGGUGCUCUUCGUGUCCAUGCUCAAGACCUUCGAGUCCACGGACAAGAAGAGCUUCAAGACAGCGUGGGUAGGCUCGCUGUCCAUGGGAAUGAUUUUCUUUUGCUGCCCGAUAGUCAGUGUCUUCACAGACUUAUUUGGUUGUCGGAAAACAGCUGUCGUGGGUGCUGCCAUCGGGUUCAUUGGACUCAUGUCUAGUUCUUUCGUAAGUUCCAUCGAGCCUCUGUACCUUACUUAUGGGAUCAUCUUCGCCUGUGGCUGCUCCUUUGCAUACCAGCCUUCCCUGGUCAUUCUGGGACACUAUUUCAAGAAGCGCCUUGGACUGGUGAAUGGCAUUGUCACUGCCGGCAGCAGCGUCUUCACAAUUCUGCUGCCCUUCCUUCUGAGGGUUCUGAUUGAUAAGGUGGACUUCUUCAUCACGCUGAGGAUCCUCUGCAUCUUCAUGUUCGUUCUCUUCCUGGCUGGCUUCACUUACCGACCUCUUGUUCCCAGUGCCAAAGACAAAGAGAGUAAAAGCAGCAGAUUCUCCUUCUUUUCCAGAAGAAAGUUCAGUCCUCCAAAAAAAAUUUUCAAUUUUGCCAUCUUUAAGGUGACAGCUUAUGCUGUGUGGGCAGCUGGAAUACCACUUGCACUGUUUGGAUACUUUGUGCCUUACGUUCACUUGAUGAACCACGUGAACAAGAGAUUUCCGGAUGAAAACAAUAAAGAAGUGUUGCUCAUGUGCAUCGGCAUCACCUCCGGCAUCGGGCGGCUCCUCUUCGGCCGGAUCGCAGACUACGUGCCCGGGGUAAAGAAGGUUUACCUGCAGGUACUCUCCUUUUUCUUCAUUGGUCUGAUGUCCAUAAUGAUUCCCCUGUGCAACGUCUUUGGGGGUCUCAUCGCUGUCUGCCUCAUCAUGGGUCUCUUCGAUGGAUGCUUCAUCUCUAUCAUGGCCCCCAUCGCCUUUGAGCUGGUCGGUGCCCGGGAUGUCUCCCAAGCGAUUGGAUUUCUGCUUGGAUUUAUGUCUGUCCCCAUGACUGUGGGCCCCCCAAUCGCAGGGCUACUUGAAGACAAGCUGGGCUCCUACGACGUGGCCUUCUACCUCGCUGGAAUCCCCCCGCUGGUCGGCGGUACGGUGCUCUGUUUCAUCCCGUGGGUUCACAGCAGGCAGCAGAGAGAGAACAAGCAAAGCAGCGGAGAAGAAAAGACGGAGAAAAUGUUGGAGAACCAGAACUCUCUGCUGUCCAGCUCAUCCGGAAUCUUCAAGAAAGAAUCUGACUCUACUAUUUGAUGACUGACACACCCCCACCAGACUGGACUUGCUUUUGCGUAUUCAGCAAGUUUCCCUUUUAUAUAAAUUGGAAAUUCCUUAUUUUUUUAAUCACAUCCUUGGAAUAGCACAAUAAUCAGGAAACUGAACCAGUUACUACACAAACCACCUUCUGCCACCAGAUAGCUGAUAUCUCCACAAGUCUGAGGAACAAGACUGAGACAUGGAAACAAAUGCAAAAGGCAGAUAUUACGAAGUUUUGGAGCUAUGUCAUAAAAAAAAGCAACUUUGGAAACUGUGAAUGUGAUUUAGCUUGUAUAAAUAUUUGAAAAUACCUCAAGCUAUACUGAAAGCGUUACAGUUUGGCUAGGAAGAAAAUUAUUUUGUCUGUUGUCUCACAUGGUGUGUCUUUUUAGUUUUAGUCCCUCACCUCUGUUUGAAUUUCUUCUGUUCCUUCGUGAGAUAGCAGCCCAGAUCCCAGAUUACGCCAGAAAGUUCAGCUCCGUUGCUCGCCUGUGUCAAGUGGUGUGAAGCUAAGGCAUUCUGACUUGUUGCAGCGUCCAGGGGCCUUCUGGGAAAAAGUGCAAACACCGCAUUCAGAAUUAACCCGUGUGCUGACAAGGACCCCACCCAGAGGGCAGAACUUCAGAAAAGAGGCAUCUCUUCCAGUCAUCUUUGUUCCCUUGGGGUUUGCAGUGUGUUUUUCACUCAAGUCUCCAGAAACAUCCCACAUUUCUGGACUUGUUUU